AUGUUCCGUCUUCCGAGCCUUCUAGAAGCACAUUGUGUGCGCCAGCUUGGCUUCUUUGGGGGCCGUCGUCGAGUUUUGACGUGGAUUGACAGCCUUGUGCUACCGACGACGAAGCUCGUGAGGGGCAAGCUACCAGUGUGGUACCCAGUUGCCCGGAUACUGGGUCCUGCCCACGGUGAAAGUGGAAUAACGCGCCCGGACGACAAAAAGGCUGUGCCAGGAAUAGCUGGGAUCCUCGGAGCCCGCGCAGAUACUUAUUGGCCUUCGGGUAUCACCGGAGGCUUGUUUAUACCAAUCGCAACGCUGAGCCUGUCGGUCACAAGGAUUAUGGUUGACAUUUUCGUCAACACCGCCGUAUGGGAGUUCGCGCUGAAUUUAGUUCAUUCCAGUGGACCAAGGGUCUUCGAAGCUUUAAGUUCGCGGAUAGUUACUAUUCAUGCGCAGAACCAAGUUGAAAUCCUGUCCAUCAUCCAAGUCGGUGGUUCGAUAAACCGAGGUCUCAUGAUAAUAUACCUCAAACUGUUAUGGGUAUGGGCAUGGAAGCUGCAUGGCGAUACAUCAAUACCGAGCCUUCUUUGCUAA